UUGGACGUUAAACACGCAGACGUUAAACACCGAGGCGUUGUAAAGAUCUGAUAAUCAGCGCAGCAUGUGUGUCCUCUGAACCGCACCCACUCGAAUCAGCCUCCGUCCCCUGCGAUGCGAUGGUACAGUCCCAUAGUGACGGCAUCGCCUGGGAAGCGCUGAGGCCGACUGAGACUUGUUUUGCUACAUUGUUGACGUUCUUGGUCAACAUUUUUACAUUGUUUUGAGUUUUAGGAAUACAGCAAUAGCAAUCUUUCUUUCUUUUUUUGUCACUGUCUGAUUCCUCACCAACCCUCUACGAUUUUACUGCGCAUCGAGCAAACUCUCCCGGAAUCAGCCACCAUGAAAUGGAUGUUCAAGGAGGAUCAUUCCCUGGAACAUCGGUGUAUAGAGUCGGCCAAAAUACGCAGCAAGUACCCAGAUAGGGUUCCGGUGAUCGUGGAGAAGGUGUCUGGGUCUCAGAUUGUGGACAUCGACAAGAGGAAGUAUUUGGUCCCCUCUGACAUCACGGUGGCCCAGUUCAUGUGGAUCAUCAGGAAACGCAUCCAGCUGCCCUCGGAGAAGGCCAUCUUCCUCUUCGUCGAUAAGACCGUGCCUCAGUCCAGCAUCACCAUGGGACAGCUGUACGAGAAGGAGAAGGACGAGGACGGGUUUUUAUACGUGGCGUACAGCGGAGAGAACACCUUCGGCGUCUAGACCCGACAGAAUACAACACCUGGCCCACCGCCCACCGCCCUAACUCACACACCCCAACCCCUGGGAGAAGCCCUGGGAAACCCCAGAGAAAAGAAGAAAAAAUAAAUAGAUGGAAGAGAGUGAUCCGUUGAGUGAGAACCAUCAUGAUGUGUGUCACCAGUCUGUCUAAUCUAUUCCUGCACAUGUUUUGUAUCGAUGCUGUACACACUCAUUUAUUAAUAUUAUUAUUAUUAUUAUUAUUAUUAUGAUGAUGAUAUGUAUAGUGAUACACAUUGGAAUGACUGUUUUGGUUUUGUCUGACGUUUUGUGCUUUACAUUAGUUUAGGAGCUUUUGAGGUUUUUUUUGUUUUUUUUUCAUUCGUGAAAUAAUAUUUUUUGUUUUUGAAGUUUCCCUUUUAGUUUGGCUUUUAUCCUUGAAGAUUUAUAUUUCAAAUAAUUUUAACUAUUUGAACGGUAAGGUAGCUGGAUGACCUAACCAAUAAAAAAAAUGUGAAUGA